GCUAACUCGGAUUUAGUAUCUGCUUGGGUCUCGUGCGGGAGGGUCGUGAAAAUGACUGGCGUCGAUGAAAUACUAAAUUAUCAAAAGAACCCCGACGACGACUUCUACGGCCUGUUGGGCUGUGACGAACACUCAAGUAUUGAGCAGAUCACUGCUGAGUACAAGGUACUGGCUCUGCAGUACCACCCUGACAAGAAUGAUGGGGACAAGGAAGCUGAAGCCAAGUUCCAGCAACUAAAGGAGGCGAAGGAGACGCUAUGCGAUCCGUCUAAGCGCGCUCUGUACGACAAGUGGCGCCAGAGCGGCAUCUCCAUGGGCUACAAGCAGUGGCUCGGCAUGAAGGACCACGUGCAGCAGUCCAUGCACUGGACCAAGCCCAACACCAAGGAUCGCAUGCUCGAGGGAGAGUGCGGCCGCGCCUCGGGCCCCUCCAGCCUGGGCCCCUCCAACCCGGCCGCUCGCCGCGCCUCCGAGGGCGGCGCCGCUCUGUGGGGCCGCUGGGGAACCGGCAACCAGGAGCCUCCAUCCGAGGUCAUCUCCAAAUUCCGCAACUAUGAAAUCUAAAUAGUCCCACUCUCUAUCAGUCUAGUGAAGUCUUUCCGACUUCAUUAGACCAUCUCCUUGGGACUACUUUUUUUUAUUAUUUAUUUAUUUUUUAUCAAAGAGGUUACUUGUGCCCUAAUCUCUUUUUUUAUGUUAUACACCAUUUUGUUGUACUUAAUUUAAAUUUUUACCUAAUCACAUUUUUGUGAUAUGUUUGCAACCAGGCUGUUAAAUUAAUUACUUGCCAUUAUUACAAUUUACAAAUUUAGUCAUGUUGUAUUUGACAAUUAUUAAAUGUAUUAAAAUUAAGGAUAAUUAAUUAUAGAUAAGUUAUAAAAUAACGGCACAAUAUUCAUCAAGUCAGCUCGCGGUACGUUUCUCGAAUGUGGCUCGAUAUCUAAUUAAUUACUGUUUUUGGGUGUUUGAUGUGCUAAAUGUAUUUCUGUUGUAUGUAGGAACAGAAUUUUUGAUGUAGGAGCCCCAGACCCCUAGAAUGGUGUAUUAGUGUAAAACACUCUUAGCUGUUACCCCCUAGAUGUAAGCUGUGCACAUUCCUGAUAAACUUAUGAGUCUGAUUUAUCACAUUUCUGCUAUAGAACAAUAUUGUCUACUUAAAGAAUCUCGAUAUUUUGAAGAUUUAUAUUUUUGAUCCUCUUUAUCUUACUAUAAGUAUGAUAUUAUUUUUAAAGAGAAUGAGAAUAUAACGGAUGUUGUUGUGAGAUAUAUACAGGGUAAAGUUGCGAGACAGGACUGUUUGAUUAUGUUUACCUUCUGCGACCUUGACAAUUCUACUUUCUAAUGGUCUAACGACGUAUAUAAUCAUUAAUCGUAUUUGUUCCAAGAUAAAUGUUGUGUUACCUGAUAGCUACGUAGAAAUUAAAUGUUAUUAUGUGUUAACUGUUUGAUCAGUAUUUACUUUAUGUAUUUUAAAUAUAUACUUAAAUGUUAUAAAUGGGUAGUGGAAUUUUAAACUUUUAAUGUUUUGUCUCGAUAAGUAUUCUAACAAGCUAAAGCCAAAACUUAUAAAAUGUUUUUAUUUUUGAUGUAAUACAUCUUUAAAACAAUAAAGGUUUGCUGAACA